AUGGCAGAGUCGGUCAGAUCAGAUCAAUAUGAUGAAGACGAAGAAAGACCCGAAUUGUCACACUUGGCUUCAUGGUCUGUCUCCUCGCACAAAUAUGGGUUCGGAGUUGACAAUCUAAGGGAUGGUAACGAUAAUACGUUCUGGCAAUCCGAAGGCCCUCAACCUCAUUUGAUAGAUCUUUCAUUCCCUAAAAGGGUGCACGUAUCAGCAAUAGCGGUACAUAUGUCACAUCCAAGGGAUGAUUCAUAUACACCUUCCAGAAUUUCAAUUAGAGCAGGAACUGGAUUACAUGAUUUACAAGAGGUUAGACAUAUGGAAUUCAGUAAACCGGAUGGAUGGAUGCCUAUAGUUCUGAGACCUAUGGAAGUUAGUAAUGAUGUAGAUGAAACUGAAGGCCCACCAAUACCAUGUCAUCAUCUUCGAAUUAUAAUACUAGCAAAUCAUCUAAAUGGGAAAGAUACUCAUGUAAGAGGGUUGAGAGUGUUUGGAUCACCAAUACAACCACAAAAUCCUUCUUCAACUCCACUAUCCCCACUCUCAGAGACAUCUUCAUCCAACGAUCAAUCGGGAUUGAAAAAGACUACAGGAAAACAAUUGUUGCAAUUGGGCCAUGAUGGUCUGAGUGGUUUCACAAGUCAACAAUUCAAGAUGCAUGAGUUUAUACGUUGA